GGAGCAGGGACCUGGCAGCAGGCUGGGAGGCUGCGAGCGAGCCGCGAACCGGGCGGGCGGCGGGCGGCGGGCGCGCGCACCAUGGGGGAGAAACCGGGCACCAGGGUCUUCAAGAAGUCGAGCCCUAACUGCAAGCUCACCGUGUACUUGGGCAAGCGGGACUUUGUAGACCACCUGGACAAAGUGGACCCCGUAGAUGGUGUGGUGCUCGUGGACCCUGACUACUUGAAGGACCGCAAAGUGUUUGUGACCCUCACCUGCGCCUUCCGCUAUGGCCGCGAGGACCUGGACGUGCUGGGCUUGUCCUUCCGCAAAGACCUGUUCAUCGCCAACUACCAGGCCUUCCCCCCCCGUACCAACCCACCGCGGCCCCCCACCCGCCUGCAGGACCGGCUGUUGAGGAAGCUGGGCCGGCAUGCCCACCCCUUCUUCUUCACAAUCCCCCAGAAUCUGCCCUGCUCCGUCACCCUGCAGCCAGGCCCCGAGGACACGGGGAAGGCCUGUGGAGUAGACUUUGAGAUUCGAGCCUUCUGUGCCAAAUCACUAGAAGAGAAAAGCCACAAAAGGAACUCUGUGCGUCUGGUGAUCCGAAAGGUGCAAUUUGCCCCAGAGAAACCCGGCCCCCAGCCUUCAGCAGAAACCACACGCCACUUCCUCAUGUCCGACCGGUCCUUGCACCUUGAGGCUUCCCUGGACAAGGAGCUCUACUACCACGGGGAGCCCCUCAGUGUCAACGUCCACGUCACCAACAACUCCACCAAGACCAUCAAGAAGAUCAAAGUCUCUGUGAGACAAUAUGCGGACAUCUGCCUCUUCAGCACUGCCCAGUACAAGUGUCCCGUGGCUCAGAUCGAACACGAUGAUCAGGUGUCCCCCAGCUCCACGUUCUGCAAGGUGUAUACCAUCACCCCGCUUCUCAGCGACAACCGGGAGAAGCGAGGUCUUGCCCUGGACGGGAAGCUCAAGCAUGAGGACACCAACCUGGCUUCCAGCACCAUCGUGAAGGAGGGCGCCAACAAGGAGGUGCUGGGCAUCCUGGUGUCCUACAGGGUCAAAGUGAAGCUGGUGGUGUCUCGCGGCGGGGACGUCUCUGUGGAGCUGCCUUUUGUUCUUAUGCACCCCAAGCCGCACGACCACAUCACCCUCCCCAGGCCCCAGACAGCUGCUCCUGACACAGAUGCCCCUGUGGACACCAACCUCAUUGAAUUUGAUACCAACUACGCCACGGACGAUGACAUCGUGUUCGAGGACUUCGCCCGGCUUCGGCUGAAGGGGAUGAAGGACGAGGACUGCGAAGACCAGUUCUGCUAGGAGGAGGGGGUGGGCGCUGCUGGGGGAGGGAGGGCCCCCGCCUCUCCACUCCGCAGCUCCCCGGCCCCCCUCCUCCCCUCCCUCCCUUGCCAGUCACCCCCAGACACGCACUGGACCCAUCUCUUGUAGAACGUGGGCAUUACUCUUUGGACUCCAGCUGUGCCUCUCCCCAAACCCCCCAGAUGGUGGCAAGCUGUGUUCAAACCUAAAUUUUGCAAGGGGGUUGCUGAAAAGACAGUAGGGAAACUGGGGAGAAGGAACCCCCGCAUUCAACCUCACACCAACAGCUUCCCUUUCCUUCGAGAGGAGACCCUCUUCUGCGGGGGAGGGGGGGGCAAGGCCACUUCUUUGUUUCUGAGCAUAAAGAAGAAAUUAAACCUUUUAAUAG